AACCAGCCCUAGUAGUGUAUUGUAAAAAUAAAAAUCUGUUCACAAGUAAGAGCUAAUAAUGCGCUGGACAGGACCCAAGUCAAGGAUCACAAUCACAGGCAAAGCUGUGAUGUAGGGGUUUGUGUGGAAAUCAAUAUUUCUAGUAAAUAUGAAUGGCUGAGAGUAGUCAUGAUUAUUUGGAGAUCCUUCCUGAUGAAGACGGAGAAAACACAAUGAAUCGGCCGUCCAUUGAGAUACCUUUACUGGAGGGUGCACAGUCGGGAUCUGUGGAUGUUGACCAGGUGAGCCCGGAAUUCCCCAUGCAGUCCUCAGGUCAAUAUCGACCCGUCAGUACGGCUAAAACGUAUGACUACGCCGACUGUCCACAUCAAUACGAAGAACUCCCACACCCACAGCUACAGCCCAAUGGCAUGUCUCCGGAUUCUGUGGACACUCACUCCUCUAAUGGCACCACAGUUACAUCAGGAAUACACUCGGAGCUCGAGGAGGGAGACAGGGCUGCCCAGUCCUCAGAGGAGAGGAAGAGGUUUAACCCGCUGUAUGAUGCCAUGAUCAACACCUCCCCUGUCAUUUACAACAAAGUGAACUCGACUGUGAAGGCUAAGCAGGACCUGACAGUGAUGUCACAGCUCCGCCUUCUAAAGAUAGCUCUCCUUCUACUCAUACUUAUCUCUAUAGCCUCACUCUUCAUCAGUAUCUAUGUUGUCAUCGCAUUUAGUGAUGGUCCUAAUGAGGUAGCAUCAUUAAAGAGAGAAUUACAAAGUCUACAGUCCAAUUAUACCAACAUGAAAACAAAGAUGAUGAUUCUGGAGUCACUUGUUGCUGGCAAUAAGUCUUUUGAAUACAUCAGUGACCUUGAUGAUAAGCUGAUCUUUUUUCAACGACAAACAAAGGAAAAUAUAUCAUCACUACAAACAAACCUCCAAAAUACAAAGACUGAUAUUAUCCAAGUGGAAGAUCACUUAAGUUACAGUUUCCAGAACCUCACUUCCAUCAUAGAAUCCCAGAAUGCAACAUUUCAGGAACAACUCCUGAAUAUCAGUAAAAUGCAGGGACCUCAGGGUCCACAGGGCGUGGGUAACCUCAGUGCUUGUUUUAUGAAGGACAAUGUUGCCACCUCACCCAUAGACACAAUGUCCACUUCCACAUUAAACCCUUUUCCUCCCCGGGAGGAUCUGGAGAUGAGAUGGUUUUUGUGCGUGCUUCUUUGCAUUCCAUUCUCACAAGCUCAAAGUUGUUCCAAAUAUAUUGAUCUUAUAAUUGUUGUGGAGUCCUCCAAUGCUACAUCAUUCGUCACCGCCGACGGUAAGCGGACAUGGCACCCCGCGAUCCAGAUGUUCCUUACCAGCCUGUUGGACGGCAUCACUCUUGGCGCCGAGUUCUUCCGUGUGGCGAUCGUGCUCUACAGUUCGGCGGUGGAUGAUGUUAUGACUUUUUCUGUUGACAGACAGUUUGCACAACACGCCAUCUCUUACUUGCGUCCAAACUUUGAAGGGGCAAAUUUACAUAUGGGUCUGGAGGAAAUGAAUCGAAUGUAUCAGUACUACUCUCGACCAGGCGCCACUAAGCGCGCUUUACUGGUCACUGGGUCACAAAUUCACGAUGACUCUAGCACGUUUGCUGAAGUUUGGCAAGCACGUAUCAUGAAUGUAGAUCUUCUGGCUGUUGGUUUUGGUGAGAAAGUAGUAGAAGAGGAGUUAGAGCAGAUUGCUUCGGAUUUUGCUGUGACAAUAGAUCCAGUUGACGGCAGUUGGUCUUCCUGGAUGAACUGGAGCACGUGCACGGCUUCUUGUAACGGUGGCUAUCGCUCACGUGCACGUUCCUGCAGCUCACCUAGACCCUCCCUUGGCGGUCAGCUUUGUGAUGGUAUGCCAAGUCAGACAGAAAUCUGCAACACACACGGCUGCCAAGAUGAAUGGGGACUGGGAAGUUGGUCUACUUGGAGUGACUGUUCCAUUUCCUGUGGGACAGGCAGACGAGUAAGGACCCGCUGGUGUCAGGGACAGUGCGGGGACAGGGAGGCAGACACGGAGUUCCAGUCCUGCUCCAAAGCAGACUGUCCUGUACCUGUUGAUGGUGCGUGGUCUGAGUGGGGAGCAUGGAGUUCUUGUGACUGUCACACAAAGACACGUCAAAGACAGCGGGAUUGUUCUAAUCCUCCACCAUCCAAUGCUGGCAAACCUUGCUCUGGUUCGUCAGAAAACAGACAAGCCUGUCCGCGGAAUGACACAGCACUGUGCCCUGAGAACGGUAGCUGGUCAUCAUGGUCUGAGUGGAGUACGUGUUCAAAGUCUUGUGGGGAAGGAAUUUCAUCUCGAACACGACAGUGUAACAAACCACCGCCGCGUAAUGGCGGAACCUAUUGCUCCGGUUCGGAGUUUGAUCAACGUAGAUGUAAUUUAUACACACUGUGUCAAGAUUGUCCAUACAAACCCUCACAACAAGGGGACAAUUGGUAUUUGAUGAAACUUGACGACUCGUGGGUACCACAGCGCUGUUUUGAUGGAAACAUCUUCUCCGCGGAUGUUUGCAAAUGUAUAGCAGACAGAAACACCGCUGAUGCCCCACGAUGUGAUCAAGUUUUAGAUCUGGAUUUUCUGUCAAGUGCUGAAAACACUGGUGUACUACAAUACGAUGGCAGAGGGAAUGCAGUGUUCAAUAAAGACACUAGAAUCGUUUUAUGGCAGUUUUAUCAAAUGGAGCUGGACUCUGGAUUUAGACUGUCUGCCAGAGUGAAACCAAACGGUGACCUUCAUUCAUUAAUGACUUUAAUAAGCUAUGGAGACUGUGUUUCUAACAUGCAUCCGUCCAUAACGAUCAUGUUUCAAACUCUUGAAGAAAAAAUUGUGAAAGUGAUAUUUGGACUUUCUUUACAAAAUAAAAGAAUGAUGUCUUUUCUUAAUGUAACCACUAUGGUAGAUGACCACCUUGAUUUAACUCUCCACUUCAAUGGUAGAAGUUUUGGAGGUGAAGUGAACAACAAACUCACAACAAUUACAUUUUCUAAAAUAGAACAUUUACAAAGGCAGGGAGGGCCUUUGGUAUUAGGGAAAAAUGUAUGUUCCCACAAUCCUGGAUUUCAAGGACUUAUAAAUCAGAUUCAACUCUAUAGCUGUUAACUUGCUGUGCAUGUUUCAUCUCAUCUUUUCCCAAAAUUUCAAGAGAAAAAAACAAUAAUUCUUAAACUGUAGACAUUUCAUUUUCCAUUUUUUAAAAGAAAUGUUAUUACAUGUAUGACAUGAGCAUUCAAAGCAAUCUCAGUGAAAAAAAGUUUGAUACAAAUGAAAUUAUAAUAAUUACAUAUAAAUGUCCAUACAAUGCUUUUCAAUGUGAAAAUUGCUU